GCGUCGCGGUCUCGUUGGCAGACGGCGGCGACGAAGGACAGAGCGAGAAAUAAGGAAGUUGGAAGAGCUACGCAAAAUCGCUCCCACUCAUCUGAAGGACCUGGACAAUCUCCGGGACGAAAUUGAGAAGAUCUAAGGCAAAUUCGCCUGCGUGGAUUUACCAGAAAUGGCGGAAGGAGAGUGGAGGAACCUAGGGAAGAAUAAGUACAGUAUAAUCGUCCCAACUUACAACGAGAGACUCAACAUCGCCCUCAUCGUUUACCUCAUUUUCAAGCAUCUCAGGGGUGUCGAUUUUGAAAUCAUUGUUGUGGAUGAUGGUAGUCCAGAUGGAACUCAAGAUAUCGUUAAGCAGUUGCAGCAAGUGUACGGCGAAGACCGUGUUUUGCUAAGAGCUAGACCCAGAAAGCUUGGUCUUGGUACGGCUUACAUUCAUGGUCUGAAGCAUGCCUCGGGCAAUUUCGUAGUAAUCAUGGAUGCUGAUCUAUCUCACCAUCCAAAGUACCUGCCGAGCUUUAUCAAGAAGCAGUUGGAGACGGGUGCAAGUAUCGUUACUGGGACGAGAUAUGUUAAAGGAGGCGGGGUCCAUGGUUGGAAUCUUAUGAGGAAGCUUACCAGUAGAGGAGCCAAUGUUCUUGCGCAGACAUUCUUAUGGCCCGGUGUUUCUGACUUGACAGGAUCUUUCCGGCUUUAUAAGAAGUCAGCUCUUGAAGAUAUCAUAACUUCAGUCGUCAGCAAGGGAUACGUAUUUCAGAUGGAGAUGAUCGUUCGUGCUUCCAGAAAAGGAUACCGUAUUGAGGAGGUUCCGAUUACAUUCGUUGAUCGAGUAUUUGGAACCUCAAAGCUUGGAGGAUCAGAAAUUGUGGAAUACCUUAAAGGCCUAGUUUAUCUGCUAGUUACAACAUGAAGAGUGUACUUUUAUCAAACAGUGACAUUUUUCACUCAGUUUAUCUGAUCUAAGACCCUAACAUACUGGAAGGUGACAUUUUCACUCAGAUCACAUACUUUCUCUUUGUUCGAUUCCUGAAAACUCUCUCCUGAAUGAUAAUUUGAAUUGAUUUAUAGGUCUUGACGGCGUAAAAUGUGAUUUGUAUUGUCGAAAAGUUUAUCCAACUCGAUUUAACACCUGU